CAAACGAGGCCACAAUAUGAGUCAGUAAUAUUGGCACGUCGGCGGAAGUGUUUACGUCAUCAAAACAAAACGAGAGAGAGAGAGAGUGCGAGAGAGAAAGUGAGCAGGAGGAUUUUCCGCCCCAUCACUGAUGAUGAUGUGACAAGCCUACAAAUGAAAAGAAAACUACACCGCAAGCCUGAAGAAACCAUGACGCAGAUGUAGCCUCGUCGAUUUUCGUGUACGUCGAAUAACUGUAGCUUUUCCUCUCGGCCUGCUUGGCGGCCGUCGACGGCAGCAACGGCACCAUGGUAGAGCAGUCGGACCGAGCCCCGCUGCUGGACUGGGAGGAGAUUCCACCGUCCGACCCGAACCAGGCGGCUCCGUCGCCGCCCCCGCCGCCGAAGGAAAAGGAGGCCGCGCCGUCGGGAAAGAAAACUUCGACCAGAGUCUGCCUCGCGGUGACAGAAAUUAGCAAGAGGAACGACAAUUCCACCACCACUAAGGCCGCCGUCCCCUGCCAACCGACAGGUGUUGUUGACGACCGGGAGAGAAGCCAGAUCGGCCGGGAGAAGCUCCCCGGACACAUUCGGUGCCAGGCGUCAUCUCCCUUCCCGGAUGUGACUGUGAGAGACCAGUGGGAAGAGAAAGAUCACAUCGUGGCUGUCUUUGUGGUCACCUUUAAUUCACGAUCAGGAAACAUGGUAGAGUGGUGUCUACCUCAUGACAUCAACCUGGAUGGAGUGGAAUUCAAGGCAAUGGCCAGCGGUUCCCAUCGGAUUACAAACGACUUUAUAUAUUUCCGUAAAGGCUGUUACUUUGGGUUGGCCUGCUUUGCUAACAUGCCUGUGGACAAUGAGCUGGAACGAGGAGCCAGGAUGAAGUCUGUGGGGAUUCUGUCUCCGUCCUACACGCUGCUGUACCGCUACAUGCACUUCCUGGAGAACCAAGUCAGACUCCAGUUAAAAAAUCCAGGCCAUUAUACUCCAUUGGAGGCCUUCUACGAGGACAAGAAGGCCAUCCUUCCGUCGACAGGAAAUGGCAGCCUCACUGCUUGCCCCACCUGGAGUGUGACCGCCAUCAACCGCUGUAUGCAUCCCGAAAUGAAGAUCACUCACCCAGCCGGCUGCAUGUCUCAGUUUGUCCAGUUUUUUGGAGAGCAAAUAAUGGUGCUGUGGAAGUUUGCACUUCUUCGGAAGCGUCUUCUCAUAUUCUCCCCACCACCGGUAGGUGUGGUCUGCUAUAGAGUUUACUGCUGUUGCAGCCUGGCCAAUGUCUCUUUACCCGGAAUUGGAGUGUCUGUGCCUGAAUUACGACCUUUCUUCUACAUUAACGUAGCAGACAUCCCUAAACUGGAAACAGAGAUGUCAUAUGUGGCCUGCACCACAGAGAAGAUUUUUGAGGAGAAGAAAGAGCUGCACGAUCUAUACAUAGAUAACCAAAAUGUGAAAACACACCGGAGCCAUUUGUUGACCCUGCUGCGACUGAAUGCUGCAGAUAAGGAGAGGUACAGGAAACUGAGCGAACAGAGGCAAAUGUUGCUGUACUCUCAGGAGGUGGAUGGAGACUGCACGUCGAAUGAGGAGGAUCUUUUUAUUGUGUUCUUCAUGGAGCUUAAUAACCGCAUCUUCCAGAUCCUGUCAGAGGUUGCAGGGAGUGCCGAUCGAACCCUGACAGCAGAGCAUGUUAGGGCCAUGGGGCUGGAUCCUCAGGGCGAUCGAUGCUUCCUGGUAGAGCUGCUGGAGUUAUACGCCGUUGACGUCACUCUGGUUAUAGACAACCUCUGCUGCCACUAGCCUUGGAAAUACAGGACUAGACUGGAUGUUGGUGACCGUAUGACACACACACUCGCACCGAGACACACUACUUUCACCCUGAGCCUUCAUCUGUUGCCUGCUUUUCCAUUGUCAAUGUUUGUUUUCUUUUGUGUACAUUGUCUCAUCUGGCUUUGUAAGGAGAAUGGACUGACUCCUGGCCGAUGGUGCUGUGUCUUAUUACUGUACACUUUCUGGUUUUGCUCACCUGACUUAAUUUCUUUUUUCAACACUGGAUAUGUGGUCGAUAAUAUUAGGGUGUGGGUGCUUCCCUGUACACCGCUCACCUAGUAUUUUGUUAGUGCUGGGAUUGAAUUGGAAUGUCAUUCUGCUGUGAUUCUUGGACAUUUGUCAGAGGAUUGACCACUCUUUGGCCUUUUUUCAAAAAUGAAGCAAUAGAAGUCUGCAUCUUUGUCGGCGGUAUGCUUUUGUGUUUCGUAAAUAAUGCGUUCACUUUUUGGCACCUUCAAGUUGAGAAACAUUAAUGAGUUGAAUUCUCAAUUAAUGUGAUUCUAUGACACAAUGUUUUUGUGAAUGCUGUGCCAUUUGUAACGGGACUGUUUCCUGAUGCACACGCUGAUCAUUCAUAUUACGUGCUCAGAAAAAAAAUCAUUUUACCUGAAGGGCACAUCAAACUCACCCCGAGAAAUCAGAUCCAACCUGUCACAUCUUUUUUUUUUUUUUUUGUACCUACUUCGUGUUUCUUGUUAAAUUGAAUUUGAUUGUUCUCAUUUUGGCAGAAAAAAGUGCCAAGAUUGCAAUUUGUCCGUACUUGUUAAGCACAUUCCAAGCAUUUUAUUCACUAGAUCCCUUCUUAACAUAAAUUUAACACAAUAGCAUUCGUAGUUGGUUACUACCAUAUACCAUAACUUCUGAUUUAAGAUUCAAUCUGUGGAGGAAAAUAUAUACAUGAUAACAAGAAAUCUAGAGGCACUUAAUUCAACCAUAAUAUGAUGAGGUGACUAAUAUACAUGGGAACUAUAACCACAAUGUGCCCACAAUGAAAAUGAGUUUAACAUAAGUUCUUUAGGGGUACAAUGUUUUGUCACUGGUACUUAAAAGGUACUCUUUAAACUUAUUAUUAUUUUUUUACCAUUUGAGAACAAACCUGUACAUUUUUGGCCCUGGAAAAAAAUAGUUACCUCAUACUCCCAUUAGUGUGUGAAUCAUGACACAAGUAGUGCCCGUAUUAGCAACACAAAAACUGAGCAGAUUGGGGGGGGGACUGUGGACUACGCCAUGCUCUGGUCGCCAGUCAAUCACAGGGUAAAUGCGUAAACAUAACCCACUGUCAAACAAUUGCUUCUACAGGUGAGCUUAUGGACAGAAAGAACAAUGAUGUGGUUAGUGAUUUUUUUUUAAUUAUUAUGAAGGAAUGUUAAAUAAAAAUGCUCUGAUGUUGUCUUCUAUCCUGCUUCUGUCAUUAAAUUGGAUUAAGGUUGGUGUGAUGUAUCAACUUGUGUUAGACCUCAGUUCAUUGCUGUUUGGAAUAUUUCAGGUCAGAAACAGGAUUUCUCAGCAUCCACAGUCAAUGACUUUGAGAAACAUAUUGGGUGUAUGGCAUACAUUUGUGUAGCUUACAUCAGGAGGGACAGAAAUUGAUCCUUAUUUCUGACACUUAGGAGAUUGUGUGUUUUGUCAUAUUGUUGGUAGGAUGUUGAUGAUAAGUUUACUAAAACAGUUCUAAGGCUAGUUUAUCAGCUUCUCUAUCGUCUGUGAGCUUUUUUUAAUGAAGAAUCCUUGAUGGAGUGCCAAAGAGAUCCUCCUUCUCCCUCUGUGACAAAGUUCUCUUUGUAUAGAGACGCUAAACAGAAGCUUUAACUCUUCCUUGUUGAAAUUCAUGAAAUAAAAACCUUCGCCGCUUC